UAUACUACACGGUUCUUCAUCGCAUUCAAUUUGAGUUUGGUUGGCUUUUGACUGGAAAAAUGAAAGUCAUUUUGUGUGUCUGUGUUUUAAUUGGAUAUGUUGCUUGUGUGGAGACAAAUUCAUACAGUUACAUAGUGCCUCGUUGUUUAAAUGGCACCACUGGAUAUUAUCCAAAGUGUGAAUGCGACGAUAUGUAUGGAUACAAAGAAUUUCAACAAACGUGUGAAUUAAAGUGUCCGACGAUGAGCUCGGGUGAAUUUCCAUUGUGCUCAUGUAGACACGAAACGGAGUAUAACUUUUUUACAAAUACAUGUUCAAGUCCAAAAUGUCCACCAAAUAGCACGUAUGAUUCCGUUUAUCCCAAUUGCACAUGCACCGAAAAGAACUAUGUAUACAAUGAACAUUUGAAUGACUGCUUUCUCUCCUGCCCCGAAGAUUCUUCGGGAUAUUUUCCCGAUUGCAACUGUGACGACAAGAUGAAGGGUUUUAAUAAAGAUUUAUUCAAAUGUUUCAAAUGUCCCAAAGAAAGCACGGUAGACAGCAUUUAUCCAAAUUGUAAAACGGAGACAAUCGUAAAUUCAACAUACAAUGAAUUCUACAACGAAUAUCGAACAUGCCAUCCUGGAUCGUAUGGAAAAUAUCCUGACUGCAUUUGUGAAAAUGGAAAUGUGUACAUCGCCGAAGAUACUCUACAAUUAAAGGCCGGAUGCUCCAAUUGUCCGUUUAAUGGAACCUAUCCGAAUUGCGUAUGUCCAACUGGUAUGGUGUUUGAUGGCAGAAAUUGUCAAUCGUGUCCAGAGUUCGGAGUCUAUCCGAACUGUACAUGUACUGGAAGCGAAAUAUACGACAUUGAAAGGGGUCUUUGUUUGAAGUGUCCCGUUAACAGCCACGGACUCUAUCCUCGGUGCAGAUGUGAUUAUCCAUUUUACUAUAAGAAAAAUUCGAAUAAAUGUGUAAGCUGUCCAAAAGAUGCCUUCGGAAUAUACCCGAAUUGCAUGUGUGUCUAUCGAGAUUUUGGCUUCGACCGUGAUCAAAUCAAAUGCAUCAAAUGUCCAUCCGAUUCAAGAGGACCAUAUCCAAACUGUGAAUGUCAUUCGAGUGAUCAUGUUUAUAUGCGAAUCUCAAAUCAGUGUGAGGUGCCAUGUGAAAAUGGUCAUGAUAUCUAUCCAAAUUGUGAUUGUGGCAAUAUGUUGAAAUAUUAUUUUGAUGUAAAAAGUCGAAAAUGUCAACCGUAUGCCACACCGGAUCGACCGUGUCCACCGACUGCGAUUGGAAGUAGCCCCAAUUGCCAUUGUGUUCAAUAUGGUCAUUUCUUCAUUCCAUACGGAUGGGGCUGUUUUAACGACAAAAAUGUGUAUAUUUAUCACGGUGGUAUGCUUACACAGAUUUGCACUGGCCCAUUAUGCGAUCGAUUCACGUACGAAAUCAAUCCAAUACUUCUUAAGAGCUUAAUUGGUUAAAUUACUUCAUAUAAACCGUACCGAAAUUAUGCUCAAAGUGUCACACAGCUAGCGCCACGACGGAAUUCAAUGUAAUCUAUACUAAGUUGCCGCCAACUAGUAAAAAUUUUCUCUUAAGACUUUUGUUCAGUUAAAAACAACUAACUAGAACUCCACAGUUGUCCGUAGUGGCGCUAGCUGUGCUACAUUUUUGGAUUUUAUACAGUCUCUUAUGGAACAUAAUUGCAGUGCGAUAUAAACUAUAUUCAAAAUAUUCAUUAUUAAUUUUAAAAUAAAAUCCAAUUAAGAUUUUUAAA